ACGUGUGCUGUGGUUAAUGUUAAAUAGUGAUGUGUUGAUCGUUCGUGGCUCGUGUUUAAUAGACGAUGUCCGCCACACCGGCCGCAGGCGGUGGUGGCGGUACACAACAAUCCGCAACAACGCACCAUCAUUGUUCGGAUUGUGGACUGAUGUUUGAUUCGGCCGCUUCGUUGCAAGUUCAUUUGCAUUAUCAUCACGAUCCGAUGAUGUCGCGCGCUUCGUGGGGUCCGCCGCCCUCGAAUUCCGGGUCUCCGACAGAUCCGGAUAAUAAUAAUCACGCGCCUAAAAAAGUUUCGAAUGUGAUAGCCGCGGCAGACUCUAGUGAUAAUCAAAUGGUGAACGUGAAACAAGAACCGGGAUUAGUACCCAAAAUUGAACCUCAACAACAGACGCAACAAAAUUCUCAACAACAGCCGCAACAACAUCAACAACAACACGUGGUUACGUCAUAUCAUACGCCUUACGAAAUGCCACCGCAUCAACAAUAUUCUCCAAACUACGGGUACGAUGUGUAUUACGGUUUAGAAAAUCCUUAUAUGAACCAAGAUUUCAUGGGCAAACAUAGUGCGCAACAAAUGCAUCAGCAGCAGCAACAGGUUUCGUCGCGCUAUCAACCGUAUCAGCAUAGUCCGCGAGUGAGCUCAUCUAGUCCUUCCGGCUCUGCGCCCGGUGGCGUUUGCAUACCGUCGCCUUCCCCAGUGCAAUGUGAUAAAUGCGGUAUGGUGUGCGAUACCGCCGCUCAACUGCAAGAGCACGCACUCUCGCAUUCGGAUUCGUUUCAAUAUCCGCCAAUGCCGAAUGCCAAUACGACAUCAACCAAAGACAGUUCGAGUGAAAUUUUAGAUCUGGAUUCACACAAAGUUGUAUACCCAGCUGUUUUACCAUCACUACAAGGACUGCAAGGUAUGCAACCGCAUUGGCAAGAUACGCAACCACCGCAGUCACAUCAGUUAUAUCACCAGGCUGCAUUUCCACCGCAAUCCGCUUCACAAGAUAUUAAAUUAUUUCGAACACCAUCGGAGCAUGCAAUGCAGCCGGGUAUGCAACAGGCGUCUCAUCCACCACAUAUGGUAAGCCCGCCGGAUUUUCCUACAACAACAACACCGCAGCAACAUGAUAACGGCGUCGGCGGUUUUCGACCGGCCGGUACCGUACCACAAAUUACAAGUUCUCAUCCCAUAGUUGCGCCUGGUGCUAAGGGACCUGGAUGGAAAAGUAAUGAGGCUCGUCGACCAAAAACAUAUAAUUGUACUGCGUGCAACAAGUGGUUUACAAGUUCAGGGCAUUUGAAACGUCAUUAUAAUACGACAUUGCACAAAAAUGCUGUUAAAAGCAGUGGCCAGCCGGAUCCCGCAAAUCUACCUAUCAGUGCUCAUCACCACCCGGGCCGUGAUCCUAAUCACCCAACACAUCACAAAGGUGGAUCAAGUCCGUCUAGAAGGUUACAAUCGCAACAACAGAGGAGCCCAGAACCUCAAGCUUUUCCACCACAAUCGCAGCAACCAUCAAAUCCAGGAAGUUACAUUCUACCUCAUUCGUACGGUUCUUUUACGUUCCCGGGAAUACCGCCGGAUACAGGACAGCCUCCGCCAGGUGGUGACAUGCAUCACCAGCAGAUCGAGAACAAUACCACCUCAACAACAAAUCAUCUGUCUGGGAGUCCCCCAAACGGGCAAGCAGGUCCCUCCGUCCACAACCUCCUCCCACUUCCGAGGUACGCCACAUGCCGCAGCAGCCGGCCUGGUGCCACAGGAUCAGGACCUGCUCCUGGGCCAGUCAGCGCGCUCGCCCAUCUGGUACCGCAACCGCGCCGAUCCCCACACACCAUUACGCCGGAUAUUACGGACAUGGCGGAGGACCUGGAUCAGCAAGUCACUUCCAAUCUGCAGUCGGCGGACCAGGGCCAAUCCACCACCAACACACCGCUAUUCCUGGUUAUCCCGCCAGGCAACCGCAUCACGAACUCUCACCAUAUUAUUGGUGAUACUAAUGGCUCUGUGGUGGCUUUGAGGGAUCCAGUUGCGGCUCCAACACCACUACAACAUCAAUACAACCAGCAUAUGGACUACGACUUUGUAGACCCUCUGCAGCAUCCGCCGUUUAGUCCAGCAAUACCGGAUCAGGAACCAUCGACGCCGUCGCCGCAGCAGCUUGUUGUCACAUCUUCUGAACCUGAUAAGAAGCCCGUAAUACAUCGUUGCGAUGCCUGUGACAAGCAAUUCAACAAGGCUUGCUACCUGACUCAGCACAAUAAGAGUUUCCAUUGCGGGGACAAGCCGUUCAAAUGUAGCAGAUGCGGCAAAAGAUUCAAGAACGACGCUCUUCAUGAGGAGCAUAUUGCUAAACAUGCUGGAGACAAGCCUUUUAAAUGUGGCGAAUGCCCGAAACAGUUCAACCACAAGACCGACCUCCGUAGGCACAUGUGCCUACAUUCCGGCUCCAAACCGUACGCUUGCCAUCUCUGCGGGAAAGGAUUCGUUCGAAAGGACCAUAUGCUCAAACAUUGCGACACACAUCGCAAGAAAUCCAAAGAACCGAAUACGGCAAAACGCCCGGCUGCUGUACAGGCCUGACGAAGGCUAAAAAUCCUCAGGAUGACGAAGCUACUCUGAUUACCUAUCUAAUUCACUACCUCAAAUAUCGCAAGCAAUAAUAAAUCUACCUCAAGCAACACACGACUUAAAUAAAAUUGUUAAAAAACACUAUAGGAAUUAAAUACAAAACGGGUACACGUCGCAAUUUAGCGGCUUAGAUUUCUACAUAUCACACGAUACGUGUAUAUCUAUUGUUAUAUACAUAAAUGUUAUAUUUCUUGUCAUCUAUAGUUUUAUGAUUAUUUUAAUUGUAUUAUAGGCCUUGCAAAAAUUUGUUUGUCAAUUUUUGUUGGUUUUAUUCAAUAGUACGAAAUAUUAUAUGAAUAUAUUUUUAUUAUAUUUGUGAAUUGACAAGGUUGUGUU